CACUGCUAAUCCUGACAGGCCUGACCGAUAAUGCUGUGUACUGCGCUCGUAUCUCGCUCAUUCGUAUCCUCUGAUUCCAACAGCUAUUCACUCGAGAGCUGCAGCAUUUUGCCUCCUGAACUUAACGGCCAUCGAAUCGAUAACAGUGAGCCGCCAUCAGCAGCACAUCCAUAGUUAAUUGUAUUCAUUUUCACGGAUUGCAGCAAUGAUGUCUGAGUUAACAGUCCUGUCGCGCAUUCUGCCUACAAACUUCAUGAGCACUAUGGCUGGAAUUGGGGACCAGAGCGGAUCCUUUCGCAUCUACUUUCAGAAUGAAGACUACAAGAUCUGUGAAAUCGUGACAAGUACCUUGGGCUAUCCUAUGCAACCAAUCGGCAACGGUGCGCCCGUUGCCCGUGUCGGAACACCCAUCGCAGCCUUGAUGUGGGACAACUUCCGUGAAAUUCGCGUAUAUUACAUUACUACAGCGAAUAAUGUGCAGGAGUUGGUCUAUAGUGAUCGCGGUAGUCCGACCACAUGGCAAAAAGGUGCCGUCGUUGGCACUGCAGUCAAGGACUCCGCGUGUUUGUAUGCACAAAUUCAACCGGGAUCCCUCAGGAUCGGGUUUCAGGCGUCCAGUGAUCCCCAGACUAUCACAGAAGCUUAUACCACCGAGGCCGGGUGGACGACUCGUGUCUUAUAAAUUGGGAGAUAAUGUCUGGGUUCGUUGGCUACAAUGCCCAGGAAACAAGUAUAUACGAUCAGGUUACCAGCUUUUGGAAGAUUUAUCAGUGCUAGUGCAGAUGAUGUUGUGUUGAACAUGUUAUGACCAGAGGAAGGCACCACGAAUGUCAUCGAACUCUUCAUCAAAGACAGCACGGUUUGUUUCAAAUUCCUGCAGUUUAUCAUAAUUCACGGUUUCGCAUUUUCUGGCAUCUGACGAAAGGAAUGCUAAACAUGCGGCCCGCUGCUUUGGGGGGAUGCCUGGAAGAACGAAAGAAUUGGAGGAGCGUCGACCAUAGCACUGUCGUC